UAAUUCUAAUGAAAUGAAGGUUCCUACCAUAUAUUUCUGCAAGUCAGAGCUAAAACCAGGUACUAUACAAUGGGAUUCCACAAAAUCUAAAGUUUUUCAAGCUUUGCAAGAGUAUGGUUGUUUUGAAGCAAUAUAUGAUAAGCUUAGAAAUGAAACUUUAGAAGCCAUGUUUGGUAGAUCAAGAGAAAUCUUUGAAUUUCCAUGGGAGAUCAAAAUGAAAAACUUGUCAAAGAAAUUACCCUUCAAUGGCUACAUAGGGAAGCUACCAACAUUACCAUUCUAUGAGAGUGUAUGCAUUGAUGACUUGCUUCAACCUGAAAGUGUUGAAACUUUUGCUAAUAUCUUCUGGCCUGAGGGAAAUCCUGAGUUUUGCAAUGUAGUAAAGUCCUACUCAAAGCCACUUGUGGAAUUGGAUGAGAUGGUGAAAAGGAUGGUUUUGGAGAGUCUAGGACUACAAAAUUACAUUGAUCAAUUCUUGGAUCUCACCUCUUUCCUAUUGCGAUUAACCAAAUACAAUGCAGAUCAAGUUGAAGAAAUUGGGAAUAAAACUGGACUUGGUGACCAUACUGAUGGUAACUUCUUGACCAUAAUAUCACAAAAUCAAGUAAAUGGAUUGCAAAUUCUCAAGACAAAUGGAGAAUGGAUUGAUGUUGAUAUUUCAUCGAAUUCUUUCAUUGUUUUGGCCGGAGAUUCCUUCAUGGCAUGGACAAAUGGUCGAUUGCAUUCUCCUCUCCAUAGGGUAACGAUGGCCGGAGAAUAUGAUAGGUUCUCCAUUCAAUUAUUUGCAGAUCCAAAAACAGAUUGCACCAUAAAGGCCCCAAAAGAACUCGUGGAUAAAGAACACCCUUUACUCUUCAAGCCAUAUGACAUACUUGGUUAUUUUGAGUUUUUUGGUACAGAAGCUAGACGGGAAGCUGGCCCCAAUGCUCUCAAGGCUUAUUGUGGUGUAUGAAUUAUUGUACUUCUUAAAGUUUCAACUUGGCGACUGUCGAGGGCCUAUCUGAAACAACCUCUCUAUCUUUGCGGUACUGGGGUAAAGUCUGUAUAUAUACACUCUACUUUUUUCAGAUCCAACUUUGUGGGACUACAUGGGGUAUUGUUAUUGUUGUUGUUGUAAUGCUUCACCUUCUUCAUAUUACUAACCCUCUUUUGCUUGUACUUGCUCCGUUUCAUAUUAUUGGUCUCUGUUGAUCCUGACACGAUACAUCUCUUAAUUAGAAAAUUUUAAUUAAAGGUGUAUUUCAGCAAUUUAAUCUU